AUGGCGUCUCCUGUAAAAGUAACUCCCGCGCAGUAUCGCAAAUAUGGUGUGAAUGGUACACUUCGGCUUUCUACUGGUUUCUUCCAGCGUUAUUUCGAAAGUGACGGUACGACGACAGAAGUGCCGAUCCUCCAAGUUUCGCUAGCCAGGAAGCUGGUAGAAGGGAUGGCAGGAUGGCCUGAUUCUUGUCUAAGGUUACGCUUGACUGAUGGUGCAUUUCAUUAUUCUGAGAUCUCGAUUCAACCAAACAGAACCGCUAUUGGUAAAAAACUGGUAACCGCAACAGCAGGCAUAUCAAACUAUGACAACAAUUACAACAAUUUGACGUUCGUUGUGAACAGUCGAGAACGAUCAGUUGAACGAAAGGACUUUUCGUGGUUAGCAGCCUGGAGAGCCAGUGUGACCGGGGACAAUUUGGUAGGUAACGCUGAGAAUGGUGGUGAAAUAAAUCGCGAGGUCGCACGUCCAUCAGCACCGCGCCGACAACCGCAGAGUUUUGGAUCCGGCAACGUAACACCUAUAGCCAUGAUCACCCCAUAUAUAAGCAAAUGGCGAAUCUGCGGUCUGUGUACUGCUAAAGAUGAACUAAAAACAACGAAAGCUCGAAGUGGUGCUGGCGAUAUGAAGUCGUAUUAUAUAUCUGGAGGUACAGUGAAACAAGCAAAUAAGCGCUUCAAUACAACUGGCCAUGAUUAUGAACUUUCCAUGAAUGCCACUACUGAGAUUGCGCCGUGUCAUGACCAAAUUCCAAAGCCGGCGUUGGUGCUGAAGAUUUGCCCUCUUCAAAAUAUACCAAGUCAUAAGGACGAAUUUGUCGAUGUGUUAGCUGUGGUCGACAAGAUGGAUCCUGUUAAUAAGCUAUUUCGACGGAGACAAGGAAGGGAGUGCGUAAAGCGUGAUAUUCAACUAAUCGAUCAAACUGGGACCGUUGUACAGUUCACGCUUUGGGGAGAACACGCUGAGAACUUUGAAGAUCAUGCACUAGGACCCGUCAUAUUCAAUAAAAGGAGCGCUAGUGAAAGAAUGGAA